CGGCUGUCGGGGGUGGCUGGUCGGAAAGCUGCGGCAGCUACUGCUGGGGACCGCGGGACGGACCAUGGCGGCGAACCUGAGCCGGAACGGGCCGGCACUGCAGGAGGCCUACGGGCUGGUGGUCGACGAGAAGUCCCCAACUGACUGGGCUCUCUUUACCUACGAGGGCAACAGCAAUGACAUCCGUGUGGCCGGCACUGGGGAGGGUGGCCUGGAGGAGCUGGUGGAGGAGCUCAACAGCGGGAAGGUGAUGUACGCCUUUUGCAGGGUGAAGGACCCCAACUCUGGCCUGCCCAAGUUUGUCCUCAUCAACUGGACAGGCGAGGGCGUGAAUGAUGUGCGGAAGGGAGCAUGCGCCAACCAUGUCAGCACCAUGGCCAACUUCCUCAAGGGGGCCCAUGUGACCAUCAAUGCGCGGGCUGAGGAGGAUGUAGAGCCCGAGUGCAUCAUGGAGAAGGUGGCCAAGGCCUCCGGAGCCAACUACAGCUUCCACAGGGAGAGUGGCCGCUUCCAGGACAUAGGCCCACAGGCCCCGGUGGGCUCCGUGUACCAGAAGACCAAUGCCAUGUCUGAGAUAAAGCGGGUUGGCAAAGACAGCUUCUGGGCCAAAGCUGAGAAGGAAGAGGAGAACCGGCGACUAGAGGAGAAGCGCCGGGCUGAGGAGGAGCAGCGGCGGCUGGAGCAGGAGCGCAGGGAGCGGGAGCUGCAGGAGGCCGCCCGCCGGGAACAGCACUACCAGGAGCAGCAGAGCAGGACAUGUGAGCAGUCACAGGAAGUGGCUUCAAGGAACAGAGAAGAGUGGGAGUCUACCGGGCUGCAGGCUGCGCACCCACGGGAGAUUUUCAAACAGAAGGAGCGAGCCAUGUCCACCACCUCCAUGCCCAGUGUGCAGCCAGGCAAGCUGCGAAGUCCUUUCCUGCAGAAGCAGCUCACCCAGCCGGAGAUGUCACUUGGCAGAGAGCCAGCUCUCGCCACUGCAAGGCCCGGGGCAGAUGUCUGUGAGGAGCCGGCGCCCAGCAGCCCUCCAUGUCCAGUGCAGGCAGAGGAGGAAGCCGAGUAUGAGGAGCCCCCGCCGCAGGAGGCCCUCUAUGAGGAGCCGCCACUGGUGGAGCAGCAAGGCGCCAACUCUCAGCACAUUGACCACUACAUGCAGGGCCAGGGGCUCGGUGGGCAGGGGCUGUGUGCCCGGGCACUGUACGACUACCAGGCAGCCGAUGACACAGAGAUCUCCUUUGACCCCGAGAACCUCAUCACGGGCAUCGAGGUGAUUGAUGAAGGCUGGUGGCGUGGCUUUGGGCCUGAUGGCCACUUCGGCAUGUUCCCUGCCAACUACGUGGAGCUCAUUGAGUGAGGGGAGCCCAGUCUCUGUCCCCACCCGGCCUAGGCUUCCUGGUUAUGAGGAGAGGAGGCCCCAGAGCUAACACUGGGCAUCUCCAGGACGGGACCUGAGGUGGACGAGGCUGUGGGACACCCUCUGCUAGGUGGCUCAGGCUCCGUCACUCAGGAAGAGCAAUAACCCAGACACGCUUGCUGCAGCCUCUGAGGUCGCCUGCCAGCCUGGACCUGGGCCCAGAGGAGGCCAAGCCAAGCACAUUGUGGCCAUUCCUGGGUGACCCCUGCCUGGUGACAGUGACCACCACUAAGCUAGGGGGCUCUAAGCAGGGAUAGCUGAAGGCUGCCUUCUAAUUAGCCUUUUUUCUUUCCUCUUUGGCCUUUAAGAGGUGGUGGCCACUGCAGUUAGAAUGACCCUUGGGAACAGUGAACUUAGUUGCCUUCAGUAGGAUGUGUGACCAAAGUCAGAGUGGACCGUGACUCCAGUGAGCAGGGGGCUGGCCUUUGCCAAGCCUGCCCCACCACAUCCAUUUCCCUGUCCCUGUGUCCAGGCCACGGGAAGUGGCAGUGCAGAGACCAGGCUCCCAUCUCUGGGUGUGUGAAAAAUCAAAAAGACACAGCG